AUGGAUGGUGAUAGGACGUUCAUAUUUCGCACAUGUACCGGGUAUUUCUCUUGACAAGACCUCGCGUUGGAAUACCAGAAUUACUGUGCUGUCUUAUGGAGGGGUCAGUGUUUCACAAAGCAGUGUUUUUCAAACACAUCUUGUUUAGUGAAAUGAUCUGACUCACUGUGAUCCAAAGACUGAAUCAAGCCACACAGAUCAGAUUGUUUACAGAUUGUUUAUAGUGGCUGUUUUUAUCCCCUCUCUUCCCUUUGCAUAGACAGGAGGUAUAUAUCCUUUUCCAAUGUUAAAUUGGAUUCUGGGAUUAUAUAUUACAGGAUGGGAAAUUUUUGGUGAAUGUCACAGAACUAUUCUAAUCUAGUAAACUCCUAAUGAUUAAAAAUGUAAGGGCAGUGGGUGCACCACACAAUAUGUGAACUUUUUGUACUGACACUUAACAUGAUAACACUGGCAAACUAGCAAUCACAGUAUAAGGUACCAAUCAGUCAAACAACAAAGAGCUCCUGAUAUUUAAGGACAUUUCAUACAAACAAAAAAUGGAUAAAUGGGUUGAGAUAUAUAUAUUUAUAUAUGGCCUGUACAUACACACAUAUAUAUAUAUAUAUAUACAUGUAUAUAUAUAUAUGUACAUGUAUGAUAAGAUAAGUUUAUUCCAAUUUUGGGCCCAGAGGGCAUAACAAUAAGACAGUUUAUAAAGAAGGAAAUUCAAAAAAGAAAAAAAGUUUACAACAUUAACUACAGGUUACAUAGACUAAAAACUGCAUGUGGAUGCAGCAUGUUGGGGAAACAAGUACAUACACAUAUGAAUUGCUAAUCAUGUGUAUACACAAGUAAAUGGACAGUAUCAGUAUUAUACCAACAUAUGAAUAAUAAACUAUAAUGAUUUUUGCAGUUUUAAAGCAUCACUUCUUUUUCUGAAAGUUUGCACUAAAUAUUCACUCAAUUUGACAAAUACUGGUUUGUCUUCAUUAAUCAUCAACCAAGUAAAUUUGUCCUUAUUUGUUAGAUAGAUAAAAUUUUUGUUGAGCUUGUAUAUACCAUUAAAAAACAUAUUUCUCUCUUCAACAUAGAAUGGACAAUCAGUAAGGAAAUAUAUAUAAUUAUAUGGCCUGUAUAUACAUACGUACGUAUAUAUUUUGGCUUAAUUUUGUUGUAAUACCUGUAUAAAGUACAAACAUAGAAUUCCUUUAAAAAAUCUUGGAACUUGUAAAUUUUCUAUGAUGUUCAAAGCAAGUUGAAAAUAUAUAAUUAUAAAUAUGUUACCUCUCCUCAUAUAAGUCUAUAUGAAUGUUCCCCCACUGUUUUGGACCCAAUUGAGAAAUCACGGGAAUGAAUUACAUUCUGUAUGGUAAAUUGUAUUCAUUUUACAUAUAAAAACAUAAAGUUAGGUUUCAAAUUUGAAUAAAGUUUGUUUGUAGCAAGUUUUGUUAAAUUUUAUCAUCUCAAAACCACGUGUUGUGGAGAAGGACAUGACUGGGUAGAUUAAUUAUGCUUUUUUUUCCUGUCCUCGUAUUGGACCAAAUAUCUUUAAUAUCGAAAGAGACACUGUAGAAAGCUGUGGUGAUUUUUGAAGUGCACUUGUAUUUUUAUUCCAAAAUCAAAUCAUUGAAGUGAAAAAAAUUUCUAUUUUCAAGAUUUGAAAUAAAUUUUAAAUUAAAUUCAUGUGGUGAAAAUUAUUGAAUGAAUUUGAUUAAAGUUCAUCAGGUGUCAAAAUAAAUACAAUGUAAAAUAUACAUUAUACAGUAUGUCAACUGUAAAAGUGAGAUAGAAAAAAACAACAACAGUGAUUGAUUUCCAUUCUUAAAUUUUAAAGAAAUUGGAAGUAAUUUCCUAAGUAGAUGUAUUUAAUAUAGAGUGAAGAUGAAUAAAUUAAAAGUAUGAGAGAAUUGUCUGAAAUUGUUGGCAAUGCAAGAGAGCCUGUGAAAAUUACCUGUGUAAAUUUAUUUAUUGUUAACACAUGAUCAACUCUCAAUCACCUUGUUUCACCCCAAGCCAAACUUGAUUGAAUUGUACACAUUCACCAACAAUAAACCAAUUAUCAUGUCAUUAUAAUGUUUUACCUGUGUAUUUUCUAAAAUAUUAACUGUGAUACAUAGGAUCUUGACAGGCAAAUCAAGGAAUCUGGUUGGUCAAUUAUCAAAGAAUAGAAGCAUUGGAUUGGUCAGUUCCUUAGAAUAAGUGUUCAAGGGAGACAUGACCUGUGAAAUGCAUAUGUCAAAGUUGGGCUUGAUGAACACUGUUCUGUGGGAAAAUAAUUUUAGAGUGACUUUGAGACUUGUCUCUAAUUACCACUCAAAAGUCACAUGGGUAGCCACCCAAUUUAUAUCAUUUCACUAACACUGCCAACUUUAGCUUGGUUACUGGAAAAGUGUUUGACAAGUUCACGCUGAACUUUGAUGGACUUUCGAACAAAUCAAACUUUUGUUGCCUCUUGAACAUUAGUCUUUCUGGAGAAACAUUAUGGCAUCAAUAAUUCAGAAUUCUAAGCAGAGUGUGCCGAUGUGUCAGGGACUGGCUAAGUUAUCAUCGCACCCUAUGUUUGAGGAUUUACAGGCCACGCUGUUGUCUGACUGUCUUCAGGUGUCUGUUCCGUAUGCCCUGUGUUCUGAUCAGACGACGUCUGCUACUGAUCCCCAGACAACAACGGACCAGUCCUACGCGGUGGUUCAGGAAACUACACUACAACAGCAGUUUCUAGAAAUGUCUUCCAACAGCAACCCGAAAGUGCAGGAAUUAAAAGCAUUCUACAACACACAGCUAGCCAUCAUCGAAACACAGAGAUUGGAUGCUGUGGCAAAACUAAAGGAUCACGCCAGUGACUCCCCAUCUCAGUAUCUGAAGGAAAUGACUUGUAUCCAAGCCUACCAUGACAGACAGCGUUCUCACCUGACCAGCAGAGUGUACAGCAGCCUCCAGCUCCUGAAAAUCAGCAUAGAAAAACUACCGGAUAACCCCCACACCGUCCGGCCUCGGUCCAGGCAGCUCAACAGUAAGGCCACUUCUAUCAUGUCUAACUGGUUUGAGAAAAACCUCCACCAUCCGUAUCCUACUGAUGAACAGAAAGAGAUGCUGGCUCGUCAAGGGGGAAUCUCUGUGGCUCAAGUCAAAGCCUGGUUUGCCAACAAGAGAAAUCGCACCAGCAACACUAAACCCAAAAAGCAGAAAAUGCAAGUGGAAAAGAAACUGUUGAACAUAUGUUCAGAAUUGACUGGCAGCUCGUCCCGGCAGACGGGUGGGUAUGGAGAAAUUAUUCAGCAGUUGUCGGAUAUCGUGACUGCAUCGACUACUGUCUUCAACCAAGGAAUUGAGAAACAAGAUUUUGACUUUAUUUUUUCAAGUGAGGAAAGUAAUGGCAGCCUGUAAUUUUUACAGUGGAUUUGAUCCGAAUUUACUCUGUUUACACAAACUUAAUUUAGUUGUGGAAUCUAAGUGAAUCAUUUUUGAAUUUGAACUUUGCAAGUGCAAAUCUACAGUUCAUGUUGGUUUUUGUGUAGUGCUUUGUAAAUACACCAAUUUGUAUUUAAAUGUGGGUUUAAUUAUUACUGUAAUAAAAUGUAAAUACAUAUA